ACCCCCCCGAUAAAAAGAAGGGGCCCAAUAAUACUCAUAAGCCCAAAUUACUUAAUCCAUUUACCCUUUUCUUCAUCGGCCCAAAUUCCGACCUUCACUAUAAUUCUCUCUCUUCUCCUCUACAACAAAUCCCAAACGGCCGAACCAGAACAAAGCAAAGCUUUCUCCUUUUUCUUCCAUGGAUUCUCUUCGAAGUGACGAAGAAAGCAACCCCAGAUCGACACCUAUCUCGGCGGCAUCCACCGAUCCACCGCGACUUUCGUCACCGUCGCCACCAACCUUGCCAUUAUCCUCAGCCGAGCCCAGGAGCGAUGCGGAAGCGGAUAACGACAUUGAACAGGUAGCGAACGGUGCGGAGCUUCAGAACGACAGCAAAUCUGAACCCCAACUCACUCCCUCCGAUUCUCUAUCUGAGGACGAUCCCACCACCACUGCCUCUGAUGACACUCAAAAUCCGGUUAAAGUGCCCCAAAACGAUGACGAAUUUGACGAAGAUGAAGAGGAACCGCCUCCCAAAAAGCAGAAGCAACUUUCCUCCCUGACAUCUGCACAAGAACCUAAUUCAGUCCCAGCCACGGAUGAGAACAAUACACCUCUAGAAACUGGCAAUCUUGCGACAAAUUCGAUUGCAGCUGCGAAGACAUCUACCCCAACAACAACAGGAGGCACCAAGAAGUCCAAGAAGAAGAACAAUAACGUCUGGGUGACUAAAACGUCGCGCAAAGGGAAGAAGAAGAGUAAGGUCAAUAACCAGAAUGCAGGGGCUGCGGAAGACACUGUUUUAAUCACCCCUGCCCCAAGAUUGCCGGACAAGGGUGAUGACAGUCCUGAUAUGAAGAUAUGCCUUUCCAAGGUUUAUAAAGCUGAAAAAGUGGAGUUGACUGAGGACAGGAUGAGUGCAGGCAGCACUAAGGGUUACAGAAUGGUGAGGGCAACAAGGGGGGUACUGGAGGGGGCGUGGUACUUCGAAAUAAAGGUGGUGAAUUUGGGAGAGACCGGGCACACCCGACUUGGGUGGUCUACUGAGAAAGGAGACUUGCAGGCACCAGUGGGAUAUGAUGUAAACAGUUUUGGUUACAGGGACAUUGAUGGUAGUAAGGUGCAUAAGGCUUUAAGGGAAAAGUAUGGGGAGGAAGGAUAUAAGGAGGGCGAUGUUAUUGGGUUUUAUAUAAACCUGCCAGAGGGUGGUCAGUAUGCACCCAAGCCUCCCCAUUUAGUUUGGUAUAAGGGCCAGAGGUAUGCCUGUGCCCCUGAUGCAAAGGAAGAUCCGCCUAAAGUGGUGCCUGGGAGCGAAAUAUCUUUCUACAAAAAUGGAGUAUGCCAAGGUAUUGCUUUCGAAGAUUUGUGUGGUGGUCGUUACUACCCUGCUGCUUCAAUGUAUACUCUUCCCAAUCAACCAAACUGUGUGGUGAAGUUCAAUUUUGGCCCUGACUUUGAAUGCUUUCCAGAGGAUUUUGGUGGACGUCCACUGCCCAGGCCAAUGAUUGAAGUUCCCUAUCAUGGGUUUGACAACCGAGUUGAGAAUGGUAUCUCAGAUGAGAAGAAGCAUUGACCAGCUUAUGGCAUUGAAUCAUUGAUUAACAUCCUCACUUAUCCGCUGAUUUGAGAGAAUUCUAGUGUAUUGUUCCAUUGUAAUUUUGAUAAAUAACUUUUUUAGUUAGGACAUCUAAAUGGUUUGGUUAGUCCUGUAAACUUGAUUUUUCAUUGAAAGGGAAAAGAAGAAUUGACUUUUUUUCUAAUGGAAGCAUAAAGCUGCGAGAGAGAA